GUUUUGUGAUCCGGUUGAAGUCACAUGAUCGCUCAUUAUGGCCAUGCAAACUAGGCAGCUUAAAUCCAGGCCCUGCUUGGGCUAACAUCAGACAUUCAAAUAGCCGUGCUUUUCUAGAGACAUGGGACAAGGCAGUCACGGGGGACCUUUCCUUAGCAGCGACAGACGGCAACACACACUACAAAGGAGCUAUCAUUGUCAAAUAUGAACAGAAACUAUGCUCUCUUUUCGGAUGGUUUGAACUUUUUCCUUUCGUUGCUUUGCGGAGGUUGUGUGUUAUAAAUGAAAACGGAAGUUUUCCGUGAAUUGUUGAUACCUACGGCGAACGGGUGCCACACCUUCAUUUAGCGCAACAGCUCCACUACCCAGCUGGCCAGAUGGGGUGCCAAUGCUGUCGGAUGCUGAAAAGUUACAUCUAUGAUCCGACCGCUCAGGUGGACGUCCACGGCAGGAAGAGGGACCCGGCUGAGAGCUCCCUCUACCAGUCCCACCACCUACCAGGAGACAGCGGGAACCAGUUCAACAUCAAGCAGAACCAGGGCUUCCACAACCUCGGCUUCAGCAACAAGUACACCGAACGAGGAGGUGGCGGAAGCCUCAAGCUGGAGAUCGACAACAACCACAUCAACAAGCUCCACGCCGUGUCCACCAAUCCAGAGAGGGAGUUGGGCACGGGGCAGGCAGCCAAGCCUCAUGUGGGAGAGGGUGGUGGAGAUCUAUAUAUCCUCCAUCCAGAGGGCCAGGUGCCAAGACGAGAUCCGUCCAAGGGCCUCAAUCUAGUCCGAGUCUAUCCCAACACACCCUCCCUGGAUCUUACUCUCAAUCUGACCCACUCGGGUGACACUGACUCUCACCCAGACAGGAUGGUCCGGAACUUCUCGGAUCCCUCCAUCGGGGACAGGUAUGGGGUGGGGUGCAACACCUCAUCAGUGGACGAGCUGGACGAGGGGGUGGGGGGCACGCCGGAGUACCUGGGCGACACGGGAGAUGAGCAGAGUGUCCUGUCUGUGGACAUUCAAACCAGUACGACUAGCCUGUCCUCGGCAGACACAAACGACGAUAGGGGGGCGCCGGACGCCACUACCACAGAGAAUGGGAUCGGGAUCUCAGUGAAGAAGAGUGAGGAUGAGGAGAAGGAAGGGGAAGACGAUGACGUGCAGAGCGUCACAGACUCUAUGGUGGCAGAAGCUCUGGCAGCUCUAGAGGCAGCGACUGCCGGGGAGGACUAACUGUCAAAAACCUCUUAAUAGGUCCAAAAUAACACAAUCUAACAUCCAUUCAGCUUCAGUAUCUGAUGGGGCCGAAUGAGGAGAUGCUGAUGUAUCUUUUAACAUAUCACGUCUGCAUUCUCAGGAGAAGGAGAGAAGACUCUUAGCGCUCGACUGUGAAUAUUCCCCGCGUCCUAAUCCCCAAUAUAUGGUACAUAUUAAACUUCCUGGUCUUCAGCUGUACAAUCUACAUUUCUAUGUUACACCAGCACAGCUUCUAGAACUUCUCUCUCUAUAUUAUGUUCUAUAAAAUGCAGCUCUGCACAGCUUCUAUCUCUAUAUUCUGUUCUAUAAAAUGCAGCUCUGUACAGCUUCUAGAACUUGUCUGUUUCUAUAUUCUGUUCUAUAAAAUGCAGCUCUGCACAGCUUCUAGAACUUGUCUCUAUAUUCUGUCCUAUAAAAUGCAGCUCUGCACAGCUUCUAGAACUUGUCUCUAUAUUCUGUCCUAUAAAAUGCAGCUCUGCACAGCUUCUAGAACUUGUAUCUAUAUAUUAUGUUCUAUAAAAUGCAGCUCUGCACAGCUUCUAUCUCUAUAUUCUGUUCUAUAAAAUGCAGCUCUGCACAGCUUCUAGAACUUGUAUCUCUAUAUUAUGUUCUAUAAAAUGCAGCUCUGCACAGCUUCUAUAUCUAUAUUCUGUCCUAUAAAAUGCAGCUCUGCACAGCUUCUAGAACUUGUAUCUCUAUAUUCUGUUCUAUAAAAUGCAGCUCUACACAGCUUCUCUCUAUAUUCUGUUCUAUAAAAUGCAGCUCUGCACAGCUUCUAGAACUUGUAUCUCUAUAUUCUGUUCUAUAAAAUGCAGCUCUGCACAGCUUGUAUCUCUAUAUUCUGUUCUAUAAAAUGCAGCUCUGCACAGCUUGUAUCUCUAUAUUCUGUCCUAUAAAAUGCAGCUCUGCACAGCUUGUAUCUCUAUAUCCUGUCCUAUAAAAUGUUCUAUUCGGUGGGCACACAGUACUUGCCAUGGCUUUGUUUGUCUUCAGGGAGCUUUGCGGUGCGUCAUUAUAUAAACACACUGACAGUCCAUCUCCAACUACCUAUUGGUGUAUCAUAUCCAUGUUGUUUACCUGUUUUAAUAUGUUAUUUAUAUAAUAACUGGUUGGCCCAGACUUCUCUAGUUCAAUAGAUGUCAGAGAUCGCUUGUUUAGCUAAGAUUCCACUCCCUGCACUCCUUUCGCAAUGACGCACCGUGCAAGAAGUGGAAUGUUAGCCUGGGUACCAGUCUGUUUAGCUUAUGUCAGAGACGUUUCCCAAACUGUGGAGAGGAGACAUGUUAAAGACCAUGGAGAGAGGUAGUCGGUUCACUUUACAACCUCCCAUUGUGGAGCAUACUGGGCUGACCUCAUGACACCUUAUGACAGGAAGUAGGUAUAUAUAUAUAUAUCACAGAUAUACGUAGCAUCUCUGUUUCCUGUUCUCCCUCGAAUGCAAACAUUCCACAUUUGUGAUGAGUCUUUGUUUCAGUUAAGGAGAAUUAUAUAGAUUUUUUAAUUUUUUUAAAAAUCGGGACUAUCCUUUUAAAGUUUUUGUUUGUUUGCCAAAAUCAUUUCUAUUCAAAUGUAUAUGUACAUCAAAUGCAUUUAGAAGUUUAAUUUGCUAUGUAUUGUCAAGAAGCCUUAAAUUAUUUUUUAAAUCAAAGCACAGAUGUUUUCAGGGGCACAAUAUAAAAAAAUAUUU